UCUCCACCCUCCCCGCCGCCGCCACUCGCUCCGCUUUCACCAGCGCCUUCGACACCCUCUACAAUGAUUCCCCCUACCUCAACGGGAUGACCUGCGUGGCGCUGGCCAGUGGAAUUGCCAAGCACGUCCUGCGAGGCAAGUACGUCGAUGUUGGCCAGGAUUUGGAAGACAUACUUGCCCAGGCUGAGGCGAUCAAUCAGGAUGAGAAUCUGUACUCGUUGCAUACCAGUUUUUUGGGUGGGUUGGGGAAUGGGGGGACUGGGGCUGGGGCUGGGAGUGCGGGGAUGAAAGAAGGGGAGGAGGGUGUCAAGAGAAGGGAAAGAGCGGAUGGAGGGAAGGCAGGAGGUGUUUCAGUUUCCUGUUUUGAUGUGCGACAGUGAGUAUUGUCACAGGUUCUGGUGACAUGUGUUAUACAUAUAGUGCGUGCAAAUUG